AUGGAUUGCUCCACAUCGACAGAAAACCACUCAAUGGAAAUCGCUAUUCCCGAUUUGAACACGUGCCAAAUAUGUGACCAACCAGCUCAUGGUCAACAUUUUGGUGCACUGACCUGCAGAGCGUGUGCAGCAUUUUUUAGAAGAUGUCACUUUUCGAAAGGAAGCGAACCUAGGUGUCAAUACUUGAAAUCUGAUUGCAAACCGGAUCAAAGAGGAAGAUGGAACUGCAAAAAAUGUCGAAUGGAUAGGUGUAUUUCUAGAGGAAUGAAAACCAACAAUAUUCAAUACGAUCGCGACCUUUUUCGAUCUUCAGAGACGUACCUGAAGAAACGUCUACUACCUUCUAUUCUCUCUGAACGCAUUCCAGUGACAGUUGAGUCGACGUUAGGAUCUCCUCAUUAUAUCUGCUUCACCAAAAAAUAUACAGAAGAUAAUAAACCAAUCACCUAUGUGGAUAUAUCUGCAUUCUCUGCGAAAAUGUAUGAAUUAAUGCUGAAUGGCCAAACAGAUUACUCCAGGUUGAAAAGGAUGAGCGAUUUGGAGCAGUUGGUUCGCGGACUGGAGGACUACCGCAGCUUGCAGCAGCGAACAUGUUUGACUGAAUCUUCAUUCAUAACUAAAGAAAUUGCAUUUUAUGCAUGGGAGCAAAAUAUUCUUGCUGUGGCCAACUGGUUGAAUUAUUCAGAGACAAUUAGAAACCUUCCUAUUCAGUUGAAAAUGGAUCUUCUGCAAACCACGUGGUUUAUUUGGACGAAAUUGGAAAGAAUGGCAAUGACUGCAGAGAUGAGGGUGAACAGACAGUGUGGAAAAAAUCAAUUUGUGGUUUCUCAUGAAAAUCUGAUUGACUACAGUAAUAUGAAGGCAGAUAUGAGUUGGUGGAGUCGUUAUCAUUUUGAUGAACUUCAAUAUUUGUUCGAUUUAAAAGAAUUAUUUUUCGAUGAACUGGUUUGGGAGAUUAUUGAGAUUCAACCCGACCCAGUUGAACUUACCUAUUUAUUGUGUAGUCUAUCUUUUGGAUUAGCAGCAAAUCGCUUAUGCGAAAAUCUUCAAGAAUUUCUAGAGCAGUUUCAGGAAGCAUUAGCUAACGAUUUACACAAUUAUUUCAUCAAGAAAAAUCAAGUCUUAUAUUCCCAUAGAAUACGUCAGCUAAUGAAAAUUUAUGAUAAAUUUGUGAAACUUCGAAAUCUUCGUUCUGAGAAGUAUAGCGUCUGCUCGAUUCUUGGAGUUUUCAGACUAAACAUUUCGAACGCUGAGUACUUCCGAGUAGCCUGCUAA